AUAAGUCCACACCAGUCGAUUUUGUCGUUUUUCUCGUCUGUAGAUCAAUUUUUUGGUUAAUAAUUUUAAUACCACUAAAAAGUGAUGACACAAGCAAAGAUCAGCGUGUUUUGUACAGUAUAGACAUCCAUACAACUUUGUGCUAUAUCUGUAUAAUUGGGAAAACGGCAACUGUAAAAAUAUUGAAGACAGUGCAAUUCAAAGUCAGGUUGGAAAAUGCUUUCAGACGAAUCUAGCAGUGAUUCAGAAACUGGUAGAUUUAAAUGCAGAUCCAAACCUCAAGAUGAUUCAAAUAAAAGUAGGCGCAAUGAAGAUAGUACACGAUCAGUAAGAGGCAGGCCUGAAAAUGAAAGGUUUAGUAGGGAUUUUGAAAAAUCCAGAAAUGAAAGGGAUCGUUUUGAUAAACAUGCUAGAGAUCGUGAUAGGAGUAGGUACUCCAGAAACUCACCAAGUAGAAGGAACUCGCCAGGUAGAAGAAGACAUUCACCGAUUAGAAGAACCUCGCCUGCUAGAAGAAGUUCUCCUGUAAGAAGAAGCCCACUGGUAAAAAGAAGCUCACCAACCCGGAGAACUUCCCCAGCCAAAAGAAUAUCGCCAGUUAGAAGAAGAAAUUCUAGAGAAGAUAGACGAUCACAUGAAAGACCCAGACAUGAGGUAGAUUCAAGAAGUAGAGCUAAACCUCUAGAAAGAGGUGAUAGCCGAGAAAAAAGUAAACUUUCCAGACCACGAACUGCAAGAUCACCUGAACGCAAACGAGACAUGAAGGAGGAAAUCUUGCGUAAUAUUACUGUUGAAGACAAAUAUCCUGAAAAAGUUGGUAGAUCAAUAGAUUUAGAAUCAAUAUCUCCUGACCAUAGAAGUAAAAGAUCAGAAAUUUAUAGACCUCCUGCUACAGAAUCAAGGAAAAGAAAGAGCGAGAGUCCUAUAAUUGUGGAAGAACAUAGUGAUCCGUCAGAUGAAGUGCAACCAGGCUCUUACUACAGCUUAAUCCCUGCUGUGGUCAAAGAAAAAUCCGAAGAGUCAAGCGAAAUAGACUCUUCUGAUGAUGAAAAACUCAGAGCUAAGCUUUUAAAUUUAGAAAAAGAACUGCAUAAAUCAAAAAGGAAAAAGCACAAAAAGAAACACAAGAAAAGGCACUCAAAGUCUGGCAAAGAAAGUGAGCAAGAUACAGCCACAGUUGAAGUAAGCAGCACCACUGAUAUUCCUAGUAACACUAAAGCUGAGGAGCUUAACAGUGUGCCAGAAGUGUCUUCGACUCAAAAGAAUAGUCAGAAAGAAAGUGGUGAAGAGGGGGAAAUUAUAAGCGAUGAUGACUCCCAGGAGCAGUAUGAGAUAGACCCAAAUGACUUAAGACAUAAGUUGAAACGGUCAGUGCACAAAUCAGAUAGUAAGAGGGAUGUAUGUGGACCAGCCUUGCCUCCACAUUUGGAUAAACAUUCAAGGUCAAAGUCUCCAGUUUUGGAAGGACCAGCUUUACCUCCUCACUUGGACAGGAAACCAAAACAUAUAGGGCCGUCAAUUCCAGAGAAUAUGAGGAAAGUGCUCUCAGAGAGAGAUCCUCAAGAAUAUGUGAGUUCUGAUGAAGAUAUGGGAAUUGGACCCCUUCCUUCAGGAUCAGAGGAGAAAUGGUCGGAUGCUCAUCGUCAUCUUGAAGAGAGAGCUCUGGACAUGAAGAUAAGGAAGAUGGAGGGCCACUCAUUGGACAGAUCUAAUGUGAAGUCCAGAGAACAAUGGAUGUUGGAGUUGCCAGAAGGGAAAGCUAAAUACCUUGGCUUGGAGGCACGCAGCUUCAGGGCCAAAGAGGGACCUGAUAUGUCAGAUAGAUCUAGUUGGACCGACACCCCUGAAGAAAAGGCGCGUAAAGCCGCCGGCAUAGCCAAGGAAGAGGACUCCGACGCCGCCCUGCAGAGGGAAGCCAGGGCCCGCGCCAUCUCCAGCAGAGAUGAGCAGCAGGAGAUGGCAGUCAAGAAACACAAAAAGAAGCAUAAAAGAGAUGAAAGUUUAUUGGAUAUGCAUCAAAAGAAGUUGAAGAAGAAGAAAAAGAAGGAUGAAAAAGAUGACGAAAAGAAAGAACGUCGUCCCUUCAGCCGUGACGUAGAUCUGCAGGUGAACAGAUUCGACGAGGCUCAGAAGCGGUCUAUAAUCAAGAAGGCACAAGGUUUGGACUCCCGAUUUUCACGCGGCGAAGCAAAAUACCUGUAAAAUGUAGGGCGAAAGCAGAUGAUGGAUAUUGUACCAACUAAGCAACGGCUUGUUUGAUUCCAUAGACAGCGUGUGUUGCCUAAUAUAAGCUUCUAUUGUGAAAUUGACUUGAUUAAAUUUCAACAUUUAGAUUUUAUUAUCCUAUUAUUGUCGUUUUAAUAAUAAACUGACUAAUAUACAACAAGCAAUAAUUCGUUUGUCUCGAAUAUGUGUAAAGAAAUAUAAAAAUACAACAAGCUAUCCGUCCUCUGCUUAGAGCCGCGAGCUUCAGCCAGUAGAAUAGUUAAGUCAGUAAAUGCUGUCUUUUAUGUAGAUUUUAUGUAAUUAAUUAAGAUAUAGCUCAUACCCCUCAAAUAGGAUCUCGAAUGUACACCGCAAUAACGUAUUUACGAGAAGAUUGGACGCAGGAAAGAUAUUAUAAAUAGUUUUUGGUAAUAGAAUCAGUCAGUCGACGAAUGAAAUUUUUUGGCUCGUUUUAUGAAACGACACUUAAAUAUAAUUUUAUUUCAAGUGAGAGCAGAAAUUCAAGGUUUUCAUGCUUAAAAAGCAAUAAUGUCUCAAUUCGCUUCGUGUUUAAUUUUGAGAUAGAUAUUGAUUCUCAAUUGUCUGUUUGUUGAAUUUCAAUAUCUAGGCCAAAUACAGGCUAGAAUCUUUUCUCGAGUGUAGAUUCAAACUUGAGUAUCGUUUCAUCUAAUAAAUUACGGGCCUAUAUUAAGACUUAGUUAAUUAUGAUUAUACGAAUACGCUGGUAACGUAGUAAUCGUUAUGGCUUUUUACAUGAUUAUUAUCUAAUGCAAUACAAAAUUAAAGGCGUAUUAACGCUAAAGGGAGAAAAACAGAACAAUAGUCAUAGCGACUAAAAAAGUAUUUUAAUACUAUGUUUCGAACAGUACGCGUCGUAAUCUUUUAGCAAUGUUUUUAUUUUUCCAUAUUGUUAAAAUUAGCCAAUAACCGUUCUUGAUCGGAUCAAUGUGAUUAUUAUGAUAUGAAGCGUAUUUUUACUGGUAAUUAUUGUUACAUUGUACAAAAUCGUAUAUACAGAAA